GAUGUUGUUACACUCCAGUUUAAUGGCAAAAAGCUCGACAAGAAAGACUUCUUUGGAAAGUCAGAUCCUUUCUUGGUGUUUUACAGAUGUAAUGAAGAUAACAGGUAAGUCAAGGUGAUAACUAGCUAGCACUCUCCUCACUUCUCAAUGCAAUAUCAUCCUUAAGGUGCUUGGCCUAUGAGACCAAUACACAGUCAAUUAGGAUUGGAUAUUCGGAUCAUUAUACGUUUCUGGGAAACUGCCUACCUACCCCUCCCCUAAGCCAACAUUUUGCCCUAAGUGAGAACUAACUAAGUGUUGACAUUGGCUUAGGGGAGGGGUAGGUGGGCAGUUUCCCAGAAAUGUACAAUGAUCCGGAUAUUUUUGGCAAAACUUGUUGCAAGCAAAGGAAAGAAGAAAAUUAAAUGACAGCCCCUGGGCCCUAACCCUUACACAAAAACAGUUCCAGCUUGAAGUGUUUGAAUUCUGUGCUUCAGAUCUUGUUCUUGCGGUAGACUUUGCCUGUCAUGAUGUCGUUAUAACACUAGUAUUCCAUCCUGGUAGCUACUUCUGGGUCUUGGAGGAUGUUAAAGGUACUGGCUUGGGGUAUUUUCGUGUUACGUUUUGACACUGGGUGCAGCUUAGCUUUUGGCUUUUUAAUAUCAAACACUUUCACAACUUUUGUGGCUGUGUAUUAUUUUAGUGCAACCAUUUGGUCUGUUAAAUUACAACAGUUGCAUUUUUAUGUUGUGCUUUAAUACCCUUGUGUUGAUUUACUGAAGGGCAAUAAUAAGUAAUAUUAUUAGUUCAAAGAAAAUCUCCCAGUGAGCAAUGUUUGAAGAAACAAUAAUUUUUGUUUAUCUUGCAUUUCCUCUAGCUAUACAGCAUGUCACAGAACUGAAGUUAUCAAGAACACACUAAACCCCACAUGGAAGCCAUUUUCAAUUCAAGCCAGGGCACUCUGUAAUGGGGACUAUGAUAGGUAAAUUAUUCUAUCAACUAAAUUUGCUAGAAUCAAUAAAUUCGAUUUUUCAUUUAAUCGUUUUUGCAUUUAAAUGCUUGUAAUUCUUUCAUCUUCCAAUUCUCUUAUUCAUUAUUUCACAAUGUAUUAUAAUAAGCAAAAAGCACAAAUUAAUGAUUGAAGUUAUACUUAAAGAUGAGUACAGCAUAUGCAUAUAGCCAAGACAUUUGCCUGUUUCAAUUUUUAAACAUUUUUUGUUAAGCUGAUUAACAAUAAAAUAUUUCAAUUGGAAAUGUGAUUGCUAUACGCAUAUGCUGCAAAUGAGUUCACCGUAGUGGAAAUAUAAACUUCAAGUUUACUAAGCGCCUUCUAAACAUCAAUUUUUACUUUAAAUUCGUACUUAAAUUCGUACUUAAACACUGAUGAUAAUUUCUAAUGGCAGUUUCGGGUAGUUGUCAAAAAAUAUAUACAUGUAUCAAUUUCUUGGCAAAAGGAAACAGGUCUAUCAUUGACUAUUCUUGUCAAACAUGCAUUGAGUAUCACAUUUUAUAACAAAUUGUAUGACCUUUCAUGAGCUCUUCGUAUGAUUAACAUUUAUUUUACAUGUAGUUUUUUUAAAAUUCUUCAGAUCAAUCAGGGUGGAAUGUUACGACUGGGACAGAGAUGGAGGGUGA